AUGGAUCCAUUUAAUGAAGUGAAAGAUGAGGCAGAGAGCACCAUCAAGCAAUUGGAAUCAAUCAUUGCAAAACGCCUGCUGCUGAACCAACCUCCAUCAUUGGAACAAAUACAGGACUUUGAAAACAAUCUUCAAGAAAUGCGUGAGCUACAAGAGGACUUCAGAGGCACUUUGGAAAUGAGCUCAGCUGAACCAGAAAGGUUCAAUCUCACGCCCCUGGAUAUACGUCAACGACAGAAUAUAAUCAACAAUUUUGAGAAACGAAUAUCCCAACUUGAACAAAAAUGGGAAAAGAGUAAGCAACGUGACCCAACACGCGAAGUCACAACCAUGUCUAAUCGAAUAAGCCAAGAUGGAGAAAACCCGUUUGCUGCCGCAGCUACCGACUUUGAGGAUUUAGACUCGGGUGCGGCCAUGACAAACUACCAGCAACAGGAAAUGAUUGAGGAACAAGACAAUCAAUUGGAUGAUAUACAUAAAACUAUGAUGAACUUGAACCAGCAGGCUGCAAUGAUGGGCGAUGAAUUGGAAGAUCAAGCAUUUAUGCUCGAUGAGUUGGAUUAUGAAUUGGACCAUACCGGAAACAAGCUACAAAGGGGAAUGAAGAGAUUGAAUGUGUUUAUCGAGCGAAAUAAAGAAACUGCAAGUAAUUGGUGCAUUGGGAUAUUGGUGGUGGCAUUGGUGUUAUUGCUUGUCUUGCUUAUUGUAGCAUAA